AUGGCCACGGUUUCUUCUGGUAGAAUACUCGCUGAUCAUGAUGAUCUCAUAGUGGAAAUUCUUUCAUGGCUUCCUGUAACAAGUAUCGGGCGAUUCAGGUGUGUUUCAAAAACAUGGAAAUCCCUUAUAUCCGGUUCCUAUUUUGUAAAAUUACACGUUGAAAGGUCUUCCAGAAACCCACAAAUCGUAUUAAUGCUGAGAAAGGAACACGAGAAGCAAUGUUUCAUGGCUUUAUUCUUCUCUAUAUCUUCUUUAAUCGAAAACCCUGUACCCACUUUUCGUGCUAGUGUCGGGCACUCUCCCAUCAGCUCUAGAAUUUUAUUCGGUUCUUGCAAUGGUUUGCUUUCCAUACAUGAAUCUCUCUCCACAGAUGAAUAUGAAGAGCAUUGGGUCGACUUUUGGAACCCUGUCACCAAGACUUCCUCCGGACCUUCACCAAGCUUGCGUCUCAAUUACGAUACUGAUUUUCAGUAUCUUAGGAAUUUCUGGUACAACAAUGAUUUUUACUAUUUUAGGAAUUUUGGUUUUGGGUAUGACGAUCGAAGCGACAGUUACAAGGUGGUGAUAAUGCUUUUGCAUACCCGUACACUGCGAACGAGUGUAUGGGUUUACUGCAUGGGUGACCAACACUGGAACUGUACUUUGACAAAUUGUUCGGCUUUUCACACUAUUGACAGUAAUGGACACUCUCUUAAUGGCACUGUUAACUGGUUAGGAUUUUCUGAAGAAUCGAGAAAGAAGGUACAAAUAUUUUCGUAUGAUCUAUAUAACGAUACAUGCAAAUAUUUGUCGGUGCCUGAACUCCCCUAUAAAGAACCUCACGCGAAUUCUAUCGGAAUUUUGAAUGGUUGUCUUUGUUUUUUUCUUCAUGAGAAGACAGACUUUGUUGUUUUGGUAUUGAAGGAUAUUCAAGAUGAAACAUCUUGGACUCAGUUGCUGAGGGUAAGUUAUAACCGUCUUCAGAUCAAUGAAUAUAGCAGCAACCUGCGAAUUUUGUGCAUGUCUGGUGAUCUAUUGUUGCUCACAUAUUCAAAGAUGGGAUAUUGCGAAUUCAUUAUCUUUAAUCUUAAGGAUAAUAAAGUGGAAAGUAUUGAAGGGUUGUUCCAGCCCAUCGUCUUUAACAUGUUCUCCUUUCCCUAUGCUCCAACCUUUAUUUCGCUUUGA